AUGGCGCUUCAGGCGAUCACUUCGACGGUUGCCGGUGUGCUUGUCUCGAGGACGGGCAGGUACAAGGUGAUUAUCGUUGUCGGCUUUGGCAUCUUUUCGAUCGGUGUCGGACUGCUAGGUUUGUUGAACGAGCAUUCAAGUAUCGGUCAGGUAAUCGGAUAUCUCUUGCUUUCGGGCUUCGGAGCGGGUGGUACACUGCAAACCACGCUUGUAGCUGCGCAGAAUGCGGUGGAUCGUCAGGACUUGGCGGUCGUCACAUCGACGCGCAACUUUAUGCGUCUCUUCGGAGGGACGUUGGGUCUGGCGAUCAGUUACACGAUUCUCAACAACACGGUUCGCAACCAAGUGCGAACGCUGCGCUCAGACGUUAUUGCGCAAGUGGUUCGCAAUCCGAAGCUGAUCACUGGAGGCGAGUUUGAUGCUGCCACAUCGGGUGUGUUGUUGCAGGCCUAUGUGCAGGCGUUCCGCAACGUCUUCCGAUUCGGCUUGGGUCUGACGCUGCUAGCGUUGGUCGUCACGGUGCUCUUCACCAAGGAGUUGAGCCUGGAUAGAAACGACGAUGAGAAGCGCAAGCAGGAGGGCAAGCAGUGGUACGCCGAGAAGAAGGAGAGGAGACAUGCCAAGAGGCAGCCCGACGACCACAGGCAGUGCAGCACGACCGACAGCCAGCAACACCAAGUGCGACCUGGCACGCGCACGCGCACGGGCACUGUGCCACAGCGACGCGGGCCGGAUCCGCAAAACGUCGCGGCUUGA